ACGCACGAUCACACGAAAGGCUUUGUGGCAUUUGCACGACGCUGUCACCUUUCAGUAGGACAUUCAUAUAAUUCAAAGCAUGGUCCUAAAAGUAGUUUGAAAAAGCCCUCGGCGCAGUCUCCGCGCAUAUCCAGCGGACCUCCGAGGUCUACGUCCAUGCGCUGGGCUGGAAUUCGGGAUUUCUGAUAAAUUCCUUGAUGGUUCACAUUUAUUCAGGAAGAAGCCCAGCUAUGAGACAUCCCUCAGGCUCAAGGAGAGCAACAUCGCACUCAAUGUUGGGAUUCACUGUGUCCUCAGACCAUGACUGACUGUGUUGAUUGGGAGCUGAACCCGAAACACUGUGACGGAAUGCAGAACUAAAGCAUGUUAAGUGGCUUCCCAAAGCCUGCGUGAGUCCAGUGGAGAGAAUGAGGCAGGCAGUGAGCGCUACUCUCUCAGUAUGGGGGGAAAGACGCCUCGGAUACUCCACUCUGAACGAUUCCAGGGAGGCACUGCUGGAUGAGGGCUGGCUCACGCCAGGGCUGAAAGAGGACUCUGUCAUAGAGGAGAAGGAGGUGGCAGACAGUGAGCAGGAGCAGCAGGAGGCGUUGGUGGCACGUUCGCCAUCCACACCCGAGGAUGCCCUCUGUCUGCCACAGACCCAGGGUGAAGGGGCCCAACCAGAGGCAGCCAUGCCAAUCUCUCCACACACAUCAGAGUCACCUUCAGCCCACAGCGUUUAUUCAACAAACGGGCCUGGCCCUGGGGGUGGAGCCUCAGAUAGAAGGAGGGGCUCUCUGGUUGCCCCACCCAUGCAGUGCUGCACCUCCCUGGGCUCCACAGCCCCGCAGUGGGUCCCUGAUUCCCAUGCUCCAGCAUGUAUGAAAUGUGGUUCCCGGUUCUCCUUCACAAGGAGGAGGCACCACUGCAGAGCCUGUGGGAAGGUGUUCUGUGUGGUGUGUUGUGAUCUGAGGUUCAGGUUAACUCAUCUUGGUGGAAAGGAGGGCCGUGUGUGUGUCACCUGCCACUCUACUCUCAUUAACCGGACCCUUCGCAAAGAACAAAAGAAAGUAUGGUUUGCAGACAGUGUUUUACCCAGAAAUGAGGCUUCCAGUGUUAACACUUCUCCAACCCGCAGAGAUUCAUCCCAGACUCACCCUCCUACAGCAGCUCAAGUAGAGUCAACCCAUGUGUCUGAGGAACUAAACUCUGCUUGCUUGGAAAGAGAGGAAGUGGAGAACAGCCCUAAACGAAACACAGCCAAGCCUUUGUCACACAAGGGUCUUCCCCCCAUUCUCACAUCUACAGGGAUUAAAGGAGAUUACACUGUGGAGGAGAAGCGGACAGAGUCUUCGCUCCUGGAGGAGCUGGAGCAGGGCUUGACCGAGCCGCUGGUGUUCGUCCUCAAUGCCAACCUUCUGGCCAUGGUGAAAAUUGUCAGCUAUAUGAAUAGGAGGUGCUGGUGUGUGAUGUCCAAGGGCAUGCAUGCUGUGGGUCAGCCAGAGGUGGUCGUGCUGCUGCAGUGUUUGCCUGAAGAGAAAAGAUUUCCCACUGACAUCUUCAGCCACUUCAUUCAAAUCUACUGGGACGCACAGACAGCAGGAAAGCUCUUGAACCACCUGAGUCACUCAUCGGCAGCACGUGGCUUCCUGGGCGGCAGUGAGCACGCUGGCUUCCUCUAUGUGCGGCCCACGUUCCAGUCGCUGGACGGCCUCCCUCUGCCUCCACAGCCCUUCCUCUUUGGCCUGCUGGUCCUCCGCGCUGAGCUCCCGUGGGCCCGGGCCUUCCCCCUGCGCCUCCUUCUGCGUCUGGGCGCAGAGUACCGAUUCUAUCCCUGCCCGCUGUUCAGCGUGCGCUUCAGAGAGCCGCUCUUUGGCCAGAUCCGCAAUAGCAUCAUGAGACUGCUGGUGGACUUCCGUUUUUACCGUUACACGUUGCCGGUGGUGACGGGGAUGAUGGUAGAUUUGGAGGCACGGAGCACGUUCAUCACAAUCCCUAAGACCCGCCAUGCUGAGCUCCUGAAGGUCCUGAACAGGUCAAUUGAGAGAAUCCUUGCUAUGGCCGCCUGCUUUAACGAGCGCGCAGACUCGCACCUGAUCUGUGUACAGACUGCAGACGGAGAAUACCAGACACAGGCAAUCAGCAUCCACAGCCAGCCACGGAGAGUCACUGGCUCCUGCUUUUUUGUGUUUAGCGGAUCUCUGAAAGCUUCAUCAGGAUAUCUGGCCAAGUCCAGCAUCGUUGAAGAUGGUUUAAUGGUUCAAGUAACAAUGGAAACCAUGCUAGAACUACGGCGAGCUCUCCGCGACAUGAGAGAUUUCACCCUCACUUGUGGAAAACUCCACCAGUCAGACAGACAAGAGUAUGUACAUAUUCGGUGGCAGGACGAAGAGCCAUGUUUUAAUAAAGGAAUAAUCAGCCCCAUUGAUGGGAAAUCUAUGGAAUCGAUUACUUGUGUCAAGACAUGCCAGCGGUUAGAGUAUCGAGCCACUGGGAAGGUCAUACGUUGGACAGAGGUGUUCUUCCUUCAGAAAGAGAAGCAGGUAAACGGGCACAGCCGAGAUGCCAAUCAGAAGCGUCUGACAGAGCAAUUUGCACGGGCAUUCUGCCUGACUCUGUGUCAGUCUCUGUGCCUGCUCAAGGAGGAUGGCAUGUCCAAACUAGGCCUGCGGAUCACGCUGGAUGGGCAGAAGAUGGAGUUCCUGGCAGGGAGUAAUGGGCAGUGUCUACCAGAACACUACCAGGACAGCUUGAAGCAGGCGCUAAUGGCAGUCGUGCAGAGCGCCUCCCAAUAUUGCCAACACACCUCUCUGCAGUUUGAGCUCAUCUUCUACAUCUUGGAGGACAUAUUGUAGAAGAUAGUGCCAGGGCCUCUGCCAUACUACUGUCCACCCGCUCAUCCACAUCUAGAAAAGAUGGAGGGGACGCACUGUGCUACAGGGGAGACAGUCCCAUGAUUACACACCCCAAAUCUGCCUCUUGCAUUCUAGGAUUUCAUAAAUCACAGUUGUAGAUUUACAUUGGCAGCCUUCAUGCAAUGCUGUGUUAUCUCCACAUUGGUCUCUGUUCCAUCCCUCUGCAGAUGUUCAAGAGGGAUCUACGUAAAGACUCACACCAAUGGAUUUGUUCUAGACUGAAUCAUGCUGUUGACAAUACCUGUAAUGUCCACUACACACCAGCAGCAAUAGGUCUGCAGAAACAUAGUGUUAUCUCUACUUCACAUCUAGGAUGCCACAUGGAGUCUUUGACAUUGACUAGAAGAUGUGUACGUCUUUGGCUUUGGCAUAAAAAUUAAAAUGCAUGUAAAACACCACACGCUGAAAAACAAAUGAUGACCAAAGGAAACAAAACAAUUGCUGAAUGAAUGGCUUAAGUAGCAUGAUGUAAAAUGAGA